AUGCCUACCUUUGCAGCGCUGUCCACAGGAUGGAAGAGACUACUCGCCAUAGUAGCCUUUUGUGUCUUUUGUGUCAUGCUUCCAAUCGCUUUUACUCGGCCAUAUCUCGUCACAGAAGCUAUGACACCUGAACUUCAGCAACACAGCAUUACUCCCGAUCACUUGGGCACUGAAGGGCACCAUAACAACUCGGUAGGAAUUCUCGAGCUGCGAGGAGAAAUGGCCACCAAUUCGCCUACUCUGACUCUCAAGCACAGAGAUCUUCUCAACGAUUAUCUUCCUGAUGAACUUCAAAAGCGUGGUCUCCUUGGUCCCGGUGGAAUCAUGCCGGGCAAGGUUCUACCCAGCAUUCUCUCUGCUCUUAAUCCCAAUGUCGUGGGUGCUCUCACUUCCCUCGCUGCGGCCCCUCUGUCAACUUUGAUCCCUGACGUUCCCGACAUCCCCAAUAUCCUGCCCACCGUUGCGGUAGACGGCGGAGCUGGCUUACCACUCGUCCCCGAUCUUGGUGGGAUAGCCUUGAAUCCCUCUGAGCUCGCCACCGUUGCCGAUGACGCCAGUGACUGGAUGGCGGCUGGGAUCUCAGGGCUCCUGAGCGGAGCCACAAAGCUGCUGCCGGGCAACCUGCCACUAGCUACUGUUGUCAGCGAAGUGGUGGCUCAUGCCACUGCAGCGGCCGACCAGGUUUUGAAUCAAGUCCAAAAUGCCGCAGCACAAGUUGCUGACCUUGCAGCGAAAGUUGAGACCGAUGUGCUUAGCCCGGAUGGUGCUCUGGUUGGUGCCGGAUCACUUUUGGACAAUCUUGAAUCAACGAUCGACAACAUCGUCAAUGGUGUGGUGGCCGAUGUGGCCGACGUUGUGCCCAAUGACUUGUUAGACGAAGUGAAGUCCCUCGUCACCGGUGGCCUCAACUCAAUCCUCGACGCCACCAAUGGACCAGUUGCGGCUGUGGCAUCAAUCAUUGACAUGAAUCUCUGCGAAGCUGUCAAAUUAGUCGAGGGUCUCCUCGUCACCGUCACUGGCGUAUGUGGCGAUAUGGCUUCUGUGACAUCCUUCAGUCCCACAUAUACUGAGACUCCUGCUGCGGCAGUAAACGGAGCAUCACCUCUUAAUCCGACUGUGACUGGUGGUGGUGGUGGCGGCGGCGGCAUUGUAUCCGCAUCAGCAGCGCAAUCCGCCACAAUGCCUUUGUCGACCCACGCAGGCACUCUCACUAUUUGGCCAUCUGCCACAGGCGCUCAGGGAAGUGUCCCUGGAGGAGUCAAUCCUACACAACCAGGACCUCCUGGCGGUGCCACUCAGCCUAACCCAACAUCAAAACCGAACGGGGCGGGAAGCAAUCCGUCGGCUCCAGCUGGCGGUAAUGGGAUUUCGCAAUCUGCUCCUGGCUCAGGAUCUGGCUUUGGGGGAACUGGUCAGCCGGGCCCAAACGGUGCAAGUAGCAAUGGUGGCAAUCAACCUUCUGCUGGAUCUGGCUCCGGAUCUGGGUCAAGUAAUCCAGGAAAUGGACAACCAGGUUCUAAUGGUGGUAAUGGAAUCUCUCAAACUACCUUGGCGGGUUCAAAUAUGGGAACACCGAAGGUGACACCGACCGCCACGGGACAGCCGAUUCCUCUCUCCCCUGAAGGUACUGGCCCCAACGGAUCUUGGACAGGUGGCGGCAAUAUGCCCUCCCCAACUGGUCAACCAAUUGGCUCUCCUGGGACCGUUCUGUCGAUAGCGCCUGGUAGUGGUGGCGGACUAUCUGGCGUCACGGUCUCUGUUACAAUAACGUCUACUCUGACUAUUGCCAAUGGUGCUGGGCAAACGCAAACUGUUUAUGUGUAUGUGCUAGAGACACUUGGUGAAUCCCUCGCAGAUGAGUCAUGGGCUGCUGCUAACAUCGAUUCCAGCUCCGGAUACACAACGACACUUACUGCCACUACUUCUGUAUAUAUUCCAUGCCCUGCUCAACCGCCCUGCCCUACAACGCCUCCCACUGGAUCAUCACCCAGCGGCCAAGCAGGCACAGGUCCUUGUCCGGGCAGAGGGUAUACAUGCGAUGAUUGCAUUGACGGCUGGUUCUGCCCGCCUGCUCAGACUCCAGCACAAUCAGGACCAAAUGGGUGCUUUGGCUGGCCUUGUGCCCAUUGCAGCAGCGGAUGGUUCUGCAUUGCCCAGCAAGAUGUAGGAACUUGUACCAAGCCCACAGCUAGUGGGCCGUUGCCAAAUCCAGGCGGCCCUAUCUCACCGGCACCUCUCGGACCAGCCUCGUUCACAGUGAUUCCGCCCUUACCUGUUGGUCAACCGCCUUUCAACACCGUCCCUCCCCAACCUGCAGGUGCACUACCUACCAUCAAAGACCCAGCCAAUGGAUGGAGCUACUCGGGCUGUUGGGCAGACCAACCCCUCUUUGCUGUCCUCGAUUUCACUCCCGAGACUAGCUUUGGAGCCGUAGAGAAUGAAAAGUGCGUACGGCACUGCAUCAGCAACGGUUACACUAUUGCUGCAACAUCGUUUGGCAACAAAUGUUUUUGUGGACAGUAUCUCAAUGGAACAAGAAAGCUGGAUGAUUCUGCCUGCAUGAGCCCUUGUAUUGGCGAUAGCUCCCAGGCCUGCGGUGGUGACUGGUCCCUACUUACCUACACACCUAAUGGGAUUCCACGUGGGUGGGCCCCGGUUGGUGAGCAGCCAGAUCCGAGUCCAAGGCCUGUACCUACCAUUGUAGAGCUGGUGUUUGGCGGCGUUGAGCAAAGCGUUACCACCGCUGACUUUGUCGUUGGCCCAACUUCGGGCAUGGACAUGGCAUCCAUCAUUGACUCGUAUGGAGAACGGUAUGCCCAGUCCCAAGCGAGUCUCCCAGAUGGUGUUGGUCCCGCCACGCAAUGUUCCAGCACUCCUGGUGGUCCGACUGGCGCGAGCUUGACAGCCCCAGGGAGCGGCAAUGGUCCAACGUCCCAAAGUGUCGAUACGAGCCCUACUCAACCCGGUGAUGGCUCGAAUACCUCUUCAUCACCAAGAGGUGGAGGUGGUGUAGCCCCAGGGCAACAAACUCCCACAUCGCCUGGAAGUAUAUCGGCACCCAACGUCCCGGGACAGCAAACCCCUACUUCACCAGGAGGAGGUGUGACGACUCCUACAAUAACAGGAGGCCAAAAUCCCAGCAUACCGAUUAGCGGAAGUCCCAGUCCGACUGUUCCUGGUGGUGGCAACCCAAACACCACACCAGGAGGCAUAGGCCCGUCAAGUUCAGGUUACAGCGGAAGUUCUACCAAUACAAACCCGGGAGGAGGAACCAAUCCAAGCACACCAGCCAGUGGAAAUCCCAGCCCGUCAGCAUCCUCACCAAAUGGGGCCGGCGGUGUUGCUCCAGGUCAACAAUCCCCCACAUUUCCAGGCGGUAUGGGUCCUAGCUCAAUACCGACCGCUAGUAGCACGCCUGGUAUGACUCCGGGAGGAGGUAAUCCUCCAAAUACAUCACCGAUCUCUCCGAACAAUGGCGGAGGGAUCGCACCGGGACAACAGACGGGACAACAGACACCGACUUCUCCCGGAGGUAUUGGUCCAAGCCCAAAUUCACCAGGCGGCAGCAUUCCGAACACCCCUCCCACAAACAGUCCCGGAGGUAAUGGCCCUGGUGGUCAAGGGCUAAGCACACCUCCGGGAAACAAUGGAGGUACUCCGACAACACCUGGUGGCGGAGGCGGGAAUUUACCUACUUGUACACCGGGCUCUUCAGGCAUCAACUGUAUUCCUCCUCUCCCACCAGGAGUUGGUCUUCCCCCAACACCCGCAGCUGGCUCGUCUUUCCCUCCAACAGGAGGGCCGUUGGGGCCAACUCCUACUCAGCCGGGCGCCAGAAGUCAAGGUACAAUCUCACUUCCAGGAGUUGCUACUCCUACCAACCCUAACACCUCAUCAACACAAUCAAACCCUAGAGGCGCUAGCAUGACUGCUCCUGGGAGGCAAUCGCCUUCCACCUCGAGUACGAUACCGGCAUCUUCAGGCACCGAUAAUGGUUCAGGGUCAGUGACACCAGGCGGCGGGAAUCUGACAACUGGCCCUGGAGGGAGUGUUCCUGGAGGACCUUCAUCUCCUAUGCCAACAGGUAAUCCUACUGGCCCGGGAGGAAAUGUGCCUGGCAUUACACCGACGCCUACGACUGGACUGAACGGUGGUAUCACACCUGGUCAGAGCCAAACGCCAACGAAUCCAAUCAAUGGUGGUGGACCCAGCAGUUACAGCUGGCCACCCGGUAUGGUUCCUUAUGGCGACCAUCCACCUUUUACGACGCUCGCCCACAUGUUGAGCUGGAAAGCACCGGAUGGAUCCGCUGGCGCAGCUACGCUCAAAGCCAGGGAAGUCUCUGGUGAAGAAGAGGCCAAUGGUGUAAAAAUCGAUAUGACCAGCGAGCAGUCGGCAACUCUGGGUAAAGGCAUCCACAAGAAACGGAUCAGAUGGCGUGAUUCACUGUGA